UACCGCUGAAGCCGCCGCCACUGCCGCUGCCGCUGCCGCCGCCAAGUACGAGCGAGCGGAGCCGCGAUGGAGACCAUGGCGAGCCCCGGGAAAGAUAAUUAUCGAAUGAAGAGCUAUAAGAACAAUGCCCUAAACCCUGAGGAAAUGAGACGAAGAAGAGAGGAGGAGGGCAUUCAGCUCCGGAAGCAGAAACGGGAGCAACAACUUUUUAAACGGAGAAAUGUGGAGCUGAUUAAUGAAGAAGCCGCCAUGUUCGACAGUCUCCUCAUGGACUCCUAUGUGAGCUCUACCACUGGGGAGAGUGUGAUCACACGAGAGAUGGUGGAGAUGCUCUUUUCUGAUGAUUCUGACCUGCAAUUAGCAACCACACAGAAAUUCCGGAAACUGCUUUCCAAAGAGCCUAGUCCUCCAAUAGAUGAAGUUAUCAACACUCCAGGAGUGGUGGAUCGGUUUGUGGAGUUUCUGAAGAGGAAUGAGAAUUGUACAUUACAGUUUGAGGCUGCCUGGGCUCUAACGAACAUUGCCUCCGGAACCUCUCAGCAGACCAAGAUUGUCAUUGAAGCAGGGGCAGUCCCCAUUUUUAUAGAGCUGCUUAACUCGGACUUUGAGGAUGUACAGGAACAGGCAGUCUGGGCACUUGGAAACAUAGCUGGAGACAGCUCCGUUUGCCGAGAUUACGUCUUGAACUGUUCCAUCCUUAAUCCUUUGUUAACACUCCUUACCAAGUCCACACGACUGACAAUGACAAGGAAUGCAGUCUGGGCCCUGUCAAACCUCUGCCGAGGAAAGAACCCACCCCCAGAGUUUGCAAAGGUCUCCCCUUGUUUACCUGUGCUGUCUCGCCUACUCUUCAGCAGUGACUCAGACUUGCUGGCAGAUGCUUGCUGGGCCCUUUCUUAUCUGUCCGAUGGCCCCAACGAAAAGAUCCAGGCAGUCAUAGAUUCUGGAGUCUGCCGAAGAUUGGUAGAGCUUCUAAUGCACAAUGACUACAAAGUGGCCUCUCCUGCCCUGAGAGCAGUGGGUAACAUUGUCACCGGGGAUGACAUCCAAACCCAGGUCAUUCUUAACUGUUCAGCCCUCCCUUGCCUGCUCCACUUGCUGAGCAGCCCCAAGGAGUCAAUCCGAAAGGAAGCUUGCUGGACCAUUUCAAAUAUCACUGCUGGCAACAGGGCUCAAAUACAGGCUGUCAUAGAUGCAAAUAUCUUCCCUGUGUUGAUCGAAAUCCUUCAGAAAGCAGAGUUCCGUACAAGGAAAGAGGCAGCCUGGGCCAUCACCAAUGCUACAUCAGGAGGAACACCUGAGCAGAUCAGGUACCUGGUCUCACUGGGCUGCAUCAAACCCUUGUGUGACUUGCUGACUGUGAUGGAUUCGAAGAUUGUGCAGGUGGCCCUCAAUGGGUUAGAGAACAUCCUUCGGCUUGGAGAGCAAGAGGGCAAGCGCAGUGGCUCAGGGGUCAACCCCUACUGUGGCCUCAUUGAGGAAGCCUAUGGCUUGGAUAAAAUUGAGUUUCUCCAGAGCCAUGAGAACCAGGAAAUCUACCAGAAGGCCUUUGACCUCAUUGAGCACUACUUUGGUGUAGAAGAUGAUGAUAGCAGCCUGGCUCCCCAAGUGGAUGAGACACAACAGCAGUUCAUCUUCCAGCAGCCUGAGGCCCCCAUGGAGGGCUUCCAGCUAUAAUGUCUGCCUCCGGGGAGGGGAGGGGAUGGGAAGCACCACCAACCAGCGGAAAAGCAGCCCUCUGGUGGGCGGGAAACCAGCCCCCCCAUCAUCAGCCACCACACACCUCUGCUGCCCUGGAAACUGUGCUCUUGACCUGCUCCGCCCCCUUCCCUGGAGGGAGCACCCUCUGGACAGACGGAACCAUCUGAGGCUCACAUUUGGGUUUUGUGACAAGGGGACGUGUUGGGUUUUUCUUCCUUACACUAUAUUUUGGCUGCACAUAUGUCUUUAACCCAGGAGCCCAGGGGUAGACAAAGGAGGACUGAGGUAAUCAAUUUUGCACCUUUUUAUUUUUUAUUUUAUUUUUUUUUCCUUUAGUGGUGACUUCCUUCCCUUUUAUCUUCUUUCAUCCUUCCCAGUUCUCUGCCCUGAUCUGUGCAACUGUUAUCUUGGGUACUUGAGCAGAUGGACUAUUCCAGAGGUGGGGGGGUGGGAGGGGAGGGGAAAAAUUCAAAACAAAGUGUUCUUGCUCUGACAGAAUAUU